AUGAGCGGUCCAGUUAAGAAAUCCGAUGCGGCGGACUUAUUAGCGUCUUUGAACAUCGACUCGCAAAAGAGUCAGCACGACGAUGCGCAUGCGAAGCCUUCGGCUCUAGCGACCGUGAGCCCUGAUGAGAAGAAGGUCUUGAAAUUAGGAAUGACUGAAGAAGACUCGAAGAAAGAUGAUGAAGACCAGAAAAAAAAGGAUUCGAAUUUAAUCAAAUCUGACUACGAAGUGAAGGUGAAUUUAGCAGACAUUCAAGCAGAUCCAAACUCACCUUUAUACAGUAUCAAAUCUUUCGAAGAGCUAGGGAUCUCUGCAGAGUUAUUGAAGGGGCUUUAUGCGAUGAAGUUCCAGAAACCUUCGAAAAUUCAAGAAAGAGCGUUGCCAUUGCUGUUGAGCAAUCCUCCCAAAAACAUGAUUGCGCAAUCGCAGUCCGGUACAGGGAAGACUGCCGCUUUUUCUUUGACCAUGCUUUCCAGGGUCGAUGCAAGCGUCAAUCAAACGCAGGCCAUCUGUCUGGCGCCAUCUAGAGAAUUGGCAAGACAGACGCUGGAAGUGGUACAAGAAAUGGGCAAGUUCUCUAAAGUCACGACACAACUAAUCGUGCCGGACUCGUACGAAAGAAAUAAGCCCAUCAACGCACAAAUUGUGGUAGGAACUCCGGGCACGGUCUUGGACCUCAUGCGGCGUAAAAUGAUCCAACUAGGCCAGGUCAAGGUGUUCGUUUUGGACGAAGCCGACAAUAUGCUCGACAAGCAGGGACUCGGUGACCAGUGUUUGCGAGUAAAGAAGUUUCUACCCAACACGACGCAACUGGUGUUGUUUUCCGCGACUUUCGACGAUUCAGUGCGGAACUACGCGCGCAAGGUCGUGCCGAACGCGAACUCGCUUGAGUUGCAGAAGAACGAAGUCAACGUGGACGCGAUCAAGCAACUAUUCAUGGACUGUACGGACGAGAACAAUAAGUAUGAGGUGCUCACAGAGCUUUACGGGCUUCUUACGAUAGGGUCGUCGAUCAUUUUCGUGCAGACGAAGCAAACCGCGAACGUGCUGUACGCGAAGCUGAAACAAGAGGGCCACCAAGUGUCGAUCUUGCACGGUGACUUGCAGUCGUCGGAGCGGGACCGGCUGAUCGACGAUUUCCGCGAGGGCCGCUCAAAGGUCCUGAUCACCACGAACGUCUUGGCCCGUGGUAUCGACAUUCCGACCGUUUCAAUGGUAGUCAACUACGACCUACCGGUGCUCGCGAACGGACGUCCCGACCCGGCCACUUAUAUCCACAGGAUCGGUAGAACAGGCCGGUUCGGCAGAACCGGUGUAGCGAUCUCAUUCAUACACGACAAGAAAUCGUUCGACGUGCUCACGGCCAUCAAGCAGUACUUUGGACUCGAGAUGACACGCGUGCCCACGGACGACUGGGAUGAGGUCGAAAAGGUGGUCAAGAAAGUGUUGAAGGACUGA